GUGAGCGCGCGUGUGAGAGCGGCUUUAUCAAUGUCGAUGAGUCGUGCAUGUCGUCGUCGAUUUUGCAGGUAAAAUCCGGCCGAGUUACGUCGACACCCGACGAAGACAACUGACCGGAAACGUGACGUUUUUUCGAAGAUCACCAGUCGCUACCGCUUCCCUCUUGCAUAGUGCAUACCCACAACCACCAGCCAUCAUAGAGGACAAUGAACAUCUGGCGGAAGCUGACGAGGAUGCUGGGCUUUGUAAGGCGAACACCACGCCGGCGGAAGGCACGAGUGCUAUUCGUCGGGCUGAACAACGCUGGAAAGAGCACUCUGCUGAACCGCCUGAAACCGGACCGCGAACAACUGUCAAGGAAACUGAUCGCCCCCACCGUCGGCUUUACCACUGACAUGUUCGUGUUCAACAACGUCAAGUUCACCGCCAGCGACAUGUCUGGCCGGGACGGGUACCGGAGCAUGUGGGAGUCGAUGUACGGCCAGUGCGACGCCAUCGUGUUCGUGGUAGAUAGCACUGACCAGAUGCGGUUCGCUGUGGUCAAGGACGAGCUGGAAAUGAUGCUCCGGCACCCGGACGUGGCCGACCGACCGGACCUGCCCAUACUGUUCGUGGCCAACAAGACGACAGCGCCGGAUGCGUGUGGCGCGUCCGCCAUGGCCGGAGCGCUUAAACUGCAUGAGCACAUGGAACAGGACCGUCCGUGGCGGUUGGCCAGCACUGACGCGGUGGCCGUGCCCGGCCAGCCGGCCGACGACGGGCUAAACGACGCCAUGGAGUGGCUGGCGGAAUUGGUCAAGUACACCCGUCAGCGAUGACAUGUCCGUUCGCCAACAUAUUUAUUUUAUUUUUUUUUUCGCAAUAAUUGAUUAACAUUUUAUAAUUUUUAUUGUCGUUGUUUAUUACGUUAUUAUUAUUAUUAUCGUCCUCCGUACACUAAUUUGAAAAUUAUAUUCGUCCGAUUCAGUGCCUAUUAUUUUUGGUAAUUUUUCGUAGUAAACACAUUUUAGUACCUAACACAAAUAACACGCGAGGAGGCGUUUUUAUUUAAAUAAAUACAUAUUAUGUUCUUUAACGUGUACGUAACUAGGCUUAUUUAUAAUUUUAAACAAUUUACAUAUGUGGUGAUUUAUUUAAUGUAAGACAGUUCUUAUUUCAAAAACUACAUUAUAAUAUAACCUAACGUUUUUGAAAAUGUUCUUCACAUAAUUUAAGUCAUUAAAAACAAUAUUUUUUAGAAAAUAGUUUUUAUCAUCAUUAUUUUUCUAGUUUUGUAUUCUUUGGAAUGAAAAUAUUAAUAUCUUACAUUUUAAAUUUCAUAUUCAGAAGCAGAAUAUUAAUCGGGAUAUUUUAUCUAUAAAAAUCAAAUUUUGGACAAAUAGGUACCUAGUUUAUUUCUUUAGUUAUUGGUAUAGUUCAAAUGAGCGGAGUAGUAGACCAACCUAAUAUGGGGUACCCCUGCAGUAGGUAAGUACUACUCUCUAUUGAAUAAAUAUAAACUUUAAACACAAAUGUUUCAUAAACUAGGUAGUUUCUCGUUGAAAGUGCUAAAAACAUAUUCUGCUAUGGAAUUGAAAAGCAUGUUAUUGUCAUUAAAAAUAAAUAUUAAAAAUAUAAUUUUAGGAUAAUUCUAUUUUUGAAAAAAUAUUUUUAAAAACAUUGACUGUACUUACCUACUAUUUUGGAGGCUAAAUCUAGUUAAUGUUCUAAUCUGUUUCCUUUUAGGUUUAUUUAUAUAUAUUUCAAUAAUUAGUGAUCAUUAGGUAGUUAAUUAAUUUUGUCAAACUACCUGUAUGAAUAGA